AUGGUGUUGCAUGCAAGGGUGAGGGAACAGGAGGACAACCUGUGGCAGCUGUUGUAUAUGCUGAAGGGAAGGGUGCAGCCAAGCCAACGUAUACAUCUUCAUUGUUUUAUGGGUGAUCGUGAAACAGUGGAUUUGUGGGUGAUGGAGUUCCCCAAUGUGUGCUUUGGUUACACAAGUUUGAUUGCUAGUUGCUCAGAGGCAGCUAAGGAGGCACUACUAGCCUUGGAUCUGAGUAGGCUGCUACUAGAGACCUACGCUCCAUUCUUCAAAGCGAAGGGGGCUAAGUUAGGGAGUCCACUACACCUGGGAACCAUGGCCAAUGCCAUGGCGCGGUACAGGUCGGAGUCUUGGCAGGAAAUACUACAGCUAGCUUGCUCCAAUGGCAAGCGGCUGUAUGCCCCCCCCCACAGUAGGGCGUGGCGUUGCCUCUUCUCAAGCUGGGUCAGGGGAGGUGAGAGGAUCAUGGUGGUACAGCGACUAUCAUGA